GUAAAAAAAAUGAUCCAGCGACCUUGUUGAACCCUAACCGGUCAGCAGACCAACAUCUCUCUCUUCUUCUCUUUCUCUCGACUGGGAGUAUGGUUCUCCAAUGGCCACGUUCACCAACCUCCUGAGUGGGCUCGCCCCAACUUCUCCAUAUCCGAAAACCCUUCCAUCUCUCUUCUUCUUCUUCUUCUUCUUCAUCCCCGCCGUCUGAUGAUCUCGGUUCGUCGCCGGAGAUGUUAAAAUAUGUUAGACCCUCCCGAUUUCUGCGGCCCUGGUUGGACACGAAGUCCCUUUCCUCCACCGGAAACUUUUCUUCGAUCCCGUAUAAGGGCACUGAUCAUCGAUCGGGGAGCUUUGUCUCCCAAAUCUGCGAGCUUUUGUCUGAUUCUCAAUGGCAGAGAAACCCAGCUCUCCUGAACUUGGCGCCGAAGCUGAAACCCUACCAUGUUGCUCAAAUCAUCGAUACCCACGAGAGCACAGACUCGGUUUUGCGCUUCUUCUAUUGGGUUUCUAAGCGGCAUUUCUACAAACACGAUAUGUGCUGUUUCCAAACGAUGCUGAACAGGUUGCUUCGCGACCGAAAUUUCUCUCCGGCGGAUCAUGUUAGGAUGCUGAUGAUCAAAGCUUGUCGGAACGAAGAAGAAACGAGGCGGGUGAUCGAAUUUUUAUCACGAAUUGGUGGAAAAGUUUUCCCUUUUAGUCUGUAUUCUUAUAAUACUUUGUUGAUUCAGUUGGGCAAAUUUGGCAUGGUUGAUUUUGCGACCAAUGUCUAUUCGGAUAUGUUGAAUAGCGGGAUUCAGCCUUCCUUGCUGACCCUCAAUACUAUGAUUAAUAUCUUGUGCAAGAAAGGACGAGUUCGAGAGGCUGAGCAAAUCUUUGAUAGGAUCUUCGAGUACCAUAUGUUGCCAGAUACAUAUACUUAUUCGUCGUUGAUUCUCGGGUACUGCAGAAACAAGGAUUUGGAUAAUGCUUUCAAGGUUUUCGAUAGAAUGGUUAAAGAGGGUUGUGAUCCAAACCAUUAUACUUAUUCAAACUUGAUUAACGGCUUGUGCCAUGUGGGGAGGAUAGACGAGGCACUUUACAUGCUGGAGGAAAUGACAGAGAAGGGUGUUGAGCCAACAGUGUUUGUUUAUAUUGUCCCGAUUGAUUCUCUGUUUAAGAUUGGACGUGUUGACGAGGCGAUAGCACUCGUGAAAAGCAUGAAGAGAAGGGGAUGUAAUCUGAAUGUGGAUGUUUAUACUACAGUCAUCACUGGCAUGUCUCGAGCUGGGAAACUUGAGUUGGCGAUUGGGUUUUACCACAGGAUGGUUAGAAGUGGUUUAGCUCCGAGUACAGUGACAUACAAUGCACUUAUGAAUGAGUUGUGUUCGGGAGGGAGGUAUGAGAGUGCCUUGAUGAUCUUUAGUUGGAUGUUGAGGCAUGGUAUGUUAUCUAAUACCCGGACUUACAAUGAAAUUCUGAAGGUGUUAUGUUCGAUGGGUACGAUUGAGAAGGCUAUGGUUCUCUUAGACAGGAUGCUCAAAGACGGUCCUUCCCCAACAGAGGUGACUUUUAACAUUCUUAUUGGUGGAUACCUUCACAAGGGAAACUUGAAUAAUGCCAUGAGAUUAUUGGAUCUGAUGAAAGACAGUGGUUGUAAACCAGAUCAGUGUACUUACUCAGAGCUCAUCUCAGGGUUUUGCAAUUGGGGCAAGCUUGAUGUUGCAUCCGAUAUUUUCAGUGAAAUGCUGAAGCAUGGUUUGAAGCCGGGCCAAGUAGUCUAUACGGCAAUGAUUGAUGGUUACUGUAAGGAGGGUAAGAUGGAUGCUGCCUUGAUGUUGUUAGAUCGAAUGGAGAGAGAUGGUUGUGAUCCCAACAUCAAAACAUAUAACACUAUUCUUCACGGUUUAACUAAAGUUUCUAAGUUGUCUGAAGCUGAGGAAUUAUGUGAUAAGAUGGUAGAGAAGAGUUUGCAGCCCAACGUAAUAACUUACACAUCUUUAAUCGACGGGCUAUGCAAAAACGGUGAGACUGACCGUGCCUUGAAGGUUUUCCAUGAGAUGGAGAAGAAUAAAUGCUCUCCGAACGAGUACACGUACAGUUCACUCAUUUUCGGUUUGUGUCAGGAGGGUAGGGCGGAUGAAGCAGAAACACUACUUAAAGAAAUGAAGAGGAAAGGAUUGGCUGUUGAUGAGGUUGCGUAUACAUCCCUCAUUCAAGGUUUCGUUAUGCUUGACAGAUUAGAACACGCAUUUUUAAUUCUUCGGGAGAUGGUUGAUUCUGGUUGUGAACCGAACUACAGAACUUACAUGGCAUUGAUAAAAGGGCUACAGAAAGAAUGCCAGUUGAUAACACAGAAGAUAGCUGUUCAAAACGAAACAGUCUGUAGUUCAGAAUCAUCUGCAGCAAUAUUGGAUUCUGAUUUUCUCAAUAUCCUCUUCUCGAGGCUUGAAGAGCUCAGGUAUGAACCAAGUAGCAAAGCAUAUAGCAUCUUAGUAAGUGGCCUAUGUAGAGAAGGCAAACCAUAUGAUGCGGGUCGGGUUGUGGAGAGGAUGAAGCUCAAAGGGUUCUCUCCCGAUAGAGAUAUAUACUAUUCUUUGAUAUUUUGUCACUGUAGAAACUUAGAUGUAGAUACCGCAUACGAAAUCUGUAGUGAAAUGACGAGUAAAGGCAUUGCGCCGAUACUGUCAAUCUACAGAGCACUUAUAUGUGCGUUGGGAAAGGCGGGCCGAGCAGAAGAUGCUCAAACGAUGUUUGAGAAGAUGCUUGAUGAAAAUUGGAACUACGAUGAGAUUGUUUGGACGGUAUUGGUUGACGGGUUAUUAGCAGAUGGGAAUUCAGAUCUGUGUCUGAAGCUUCUUCAUGUCAUGGAAACUAAGGGUUGCAAUCCUCGUCUCCAGACAUAUGUCGUACUGGCCCGAGAACUGUCCAAAGCAGACAGACCUGCGGAAGCAGAGCAGAUUCAGAAGAGGCUUGGAAUCGGAAAGAUAGCCUAAUAUCUCAUUUGUAGACCUGUCAAAGUGUUCAUCAUAUUCGGCGAAAUGGGUAUCGGUGAAGGAGAUUGCUGCCCUGCGGAUGUAAAUAAAAGUUUUGGAACCAAAGGUAAGGAGGAUCUUCUACUACUCUUUCAGUGAGUCAUACGUUGAAGAGGUUUCUUUUACUCUAAUCCAUUUGCAACUAAGUCUUAAGAUGACAGGUAUCUCCCUCCCCUUCCUUACCAGGCUGAAACUGAAAGAAAGAACUUACCUGCUGUAAAUUGUCCGAAAGAACAGUGAUUCUUGAUCAGAGCUCUAUGAAUCUUGCGAGUUUUCGGUCGAGUCUCUGAAUUCGGAAUCUUCAUGAAAAUAUCAAUCAGUCUCCAUCUCCGACAAUGGACAAAACAUGAUUCAUAUGCAUCCGACCAAGAAACUGCAAAGCCUAACACCGUUCAAGUGUAUU